CGUACAUCGUCAUCAAGUGGUAGUCAAACAUCUUCGUCGGUGAAUAUGCCCGGCACCGGCAGAAUGGACAUUGAACAUUUUCCAUAUAAAGACAGGAUCCCUAACAUCAUGAUGCCGUUCCUGGACGGGUGGAAUGAUGUGGUUGCAGAUGGUAACUGUGGAUUUCGGGUUGUGGCUGAUGUGUUUCAGAUGGGUGAAGACAACUACGGUUUAGUGCGUCAGUUGAUGUACAGUGAAAUCGCCUCAAACCGAGCUGUUUAUCGCCACGUGUACGGACAGGACUUGGAUAGGUCUCUGCAGCGUAUCCGGUGGGGAGGAGGACGUUGCGGUCAAAAUCAUUGGUUCGACGCGCCCCUUGAUCUCUUCGCCGUUGCAAACAUCUACAAGUGUGCAGUGAUGCAUUUCGGCCUUGGUUUGCAUGGUCGAGCUUACUAUCCGUGUACCACGGUUCUGCCUUGGUGUUCGCGUGAGACCGUCACCAGACCGGUAAGAGAGGUUGCUAUUGGAUUUCUGGGGCCGUCAUACAGACAUUUCAUCCGACUGGACCUGUCACCCGAUUUUCCGGUCCCACCGAUUAUACCAACGUGGUACACCAUUCGUACAGCAAGCGUAGAGGGCUGGGAUGCGUUAUAUCAUGACCGGGUGCAGCAGUGGAACAAUCUAGUUGCCUUUUCUAUGUGACCUAAUAUUGCUAUUGCUAUGUUUUUCCCAUUUAUUUAAUUUUCGGAUUCUAAUUUUCGUAUUUAGUUUUCCCAUUUAAAUGUGAACCUGUAUUUAGUUUU